AUGGCGCACGGACGACCAACGCCCGCAGGAGGCUUCUACCCGUCUCUCCCUGGACUCGGCCACCGCAUGGCUGCCAAGCUCCUCGGCGCCUCGAUGUGGUUCUUCAUCUUCUACCGCGCACGACAAGACGGAGCGGUCCUCCUCGGUUUAAGGCACCCCUGGGAGCACUAG